AUGGAAUGCAACAAGGAAGAAGCUGUAAGGGCAAUGGAUAUUGCUAAGAGGAAAGUUACAGAGAAUGAUUACAACGGGGCAAAGAAAUUUGCAGAAAAGGCUCAGAAUUUAUAUCCCAAGCUUGAAGGUUUGAAACAAGUGUCGAUGAUGAUCGAUGUGUAUAUCGUGGCAGGGAACAAAAUCAGCGGAGGCGAAUCUGAUUGGUAUGGAAUUCUUGGUGUUGAUCCGUUGGCUGAUGAUGAAGUAGUGAAGAAACAGUACAAGAAGUUAGCUCUUUUGCUUCAUCCGGAUAAGAACAAAUGUAAAGGCGCAGAAGAAGCGUUUAAGUUGGUUUCGGAAGCUUGGUGUUUGUUGUCUGAUAAGGUUAAGAGAAUUGCUUAUGAUCAGAAGAGGAAAUCGAAACAAGUUAAACCGAGAAAGAGUCGGAAGCCAAAACAACCACCAAAUCAGCCACCAAACCAGCGGAAACAGCCACCGAACCAGCGGAAACAACCACCAAACCAGCAGCAACAACCACCAAACCAGCAGCAACAGCAACCAAGCCAGCCAAAACAACCACCAAACCAGCAGAAACAACCACCAAGCCAGCCGAAACAGCCACCAAACCAGCAGAAGCAACCAUCAAACCAACCAAGUUCUAGUGGGGUUCGAAAUGAUAGAUCUAGAAGCAAAAAGCCCACUUCGAAAGUCGGUACAUUCUGGACAAUGUGCGACAAAUGCAAGACACCAUAUGAAUAUGUGAGGGUUUUUUAUUUUAACAAGACUUUGAUUUGUCGAACUUGCCAUCAGACUUUUAUUGCAACCGAGAAAGAGCAAACACCAACCGAGAAAGAGAAAACACCAGAAGCAACAAACAAGAAGGCAAACAGUGCUUCUUCUUGUGGAAGAGAUCCUUCUCUAACUGUUAAUGUUGGCUAUAGUUUUCAAUGGGAUUGUUCGACAUCAAGAAUGGUCGAUUCUGACUGCGGAAAUGUGGCGAAUCAAGCAGAAGAAAGAGCGGAAAGAGGAGUUGAAGGUUCCCAAGAAGAUGCUGCUAAGGGAAUUGCAAACUCUGAUUUUAAAGUAGAAGAGAGGGUUCUUAAGAAGCUUAGGACUGAUGAUUAUGCAGAAGCAAGUGGUGGAAUCAAGGUGUGA